AUUAUUAUUAUUAUUAUUAUCUUUCUUACUAAAGAACAACAACAACAACAAAAUUUACAGAAAUAGGAAUAGCCUAAGAAUGCAGGUGAUGUAAAUACAGGAAACUUAACAUGAAUAUCUCCCAAGAGAACGAAAAUACUUCAUUUGAGGAGCAUUGCUUAGACCUUAACAAAGACUUAGGUCCAUUUCAGUUUUACACCUGGGGUAUCGGCUCUAAUAUCAUUGCAAUCACUGGUAUCUUACUGAAUAUCUUCGCCAUCGCAGUACUGACUCAACCUCGGAUGCGCUCCUCCACAGCCGUAUACCUCAUUUCACUGGCCGUAUAUGACAACGUCGUACUUCUUUCAAUGAUCAUUAAUUUCGCCAUACCAACUAUAAACACCAACGAGGCCUUCAAUGAUACAUAUUCGUUCAUGUACAGCUACCUCCAGCCGAUAGCUUACCCCAUCGCUCUCAUUGCACAAACAGGUACAAUCUACACUACAGUUGGAUUCACAGUGGAACGUUACGUAGCCGUUUGUAGACCUUUACAGGCAGCUAAUAUAUGCACGAUGAACAGAUCCAAGAAAGCGGUCUUGUGUAUUCUUUUAGGCUCAAUUAUGUACAAUAUACCUCGAAUGUUUGAAUUCGAAACGAAAACUGAAUGGAAUUCUCAAUACAACCACACACGACCAACUUAUAGUACCACAGAACUUGGCAAGAACAAAAUCUACAAAGAAGUCUAUUUCAUUUAUUUAAAUCUCCUUGUGAUGUUUUUGAUGCCUUUUACAUUACUUACCUAUCUUAAUACUUGUUUAAUUAAUGCUAUUCGCACAUCGCGCAAGUCUCGAAUGCAAAUGAGCUCUUCAGCUGUGAAGGAAAACAACAUGACAAUCAUGCUAAUAUCCGUUGUUGUAGUAUUUCUAGUUUGCCAGCUUCCAUCAAUUGCUGACAAUAUCCUCUGGACGGUACUUAAGAACAAUCAACAAAACUGCAGUGCCGCUUACAUAAAGUUCACCACGAUCAGUAACUUGAUGGUAGUUUUUAACUCAGCCUGUAAUUUUGUUCUCUAUUGUCUCUUUGGCAAAAAAUUCAGGCGUGUUUUCAGCAAGUUAUUCUGUAGUAGAUUUCGUCGCUCGACAGUCCGGUAUCAGUUUCGACCAGAAUCAACCACUUUAGUUUCUCACAUACGUGACAAUACAACAAAACUUUAUCACAUACAAGGACAUCAUGAAAUGGAAAGUACGUCAGUUUGACAAACUAAAGCAAUAAUACAUUUGCUCUAGA